GAGCAGGAAGAAGCACGCUGCACCGGAAGUGAAGUCAUAAAGGGUAGCCGGAAGUGGCGGGUUGGACGUUUUCUGAAACAAUCAUCUCCGGUGAGGAAGUUGGCCGUCGCAGCAACAGCAGCACUAGAAACCCCGGUUCACGCGGAGAAGAGGCCAGCGGAGCCCGCCGCUACCCAGUCUCCAGGGGACCAGCCCCUGCAGCGGAGGGCGAGCAGUGGUAGUGGGUGGCGGCGGCGGCGGCUGCCCCCCAAGCAGCAGUUCCCUGUGGCCAAUGGCCGAGGGGGAAGCCGCCCCUGCGGCGGGGCCUAGCUCUGCAUCCACCCGAGGAAGUGAGAAAGUGGGGGAAGCGGGCGAUGCCGGACUUAACUGGGUGGAGAAGCUGCGCGGGGAGUGCGAGCCCGAACACCACUGGCAGCACCGCCGCGAGUUCUUGAUCCGCAACGCGGAGGCCUUGACCUUGUCGCGGCAGGGUGGGAAGGAGGAGGACGACGAUAACACGGACCUGCGGCGCCUUGUCUCUUUCUCCAUGGUGUGGGCCAACCACAUCUUCCUGGGAUGCCGGUAUCCUCCACAAGUUAUGGAAAAGGUCCUGGACAUGGCUGCAGGCAUCACAGUGAUUAAUGCUCCAACCCACACUUUGAGAGAUGAACUGGUUGCCAAGGUGAAACGAGGCAUAUCAAGUAGCAAUGAAGGGCCAGAAGAGCCUUGCAAGAAACAAGCUGUGGGCACAGACAAGGUUUCUGAAGUUAGUCGUGCUAAGUCUGCAAAGACAGAAGUGCCCAUGGAAAUGGAUACUGAAUCUGUGAAGAAGCCAGGAUUAGAAGCAACAAAAAGUCCAGAGAAGCCGGAGUCCCAAACAGUGGCCCAGAAGGUAGCGCCCGCGGCGUCCUCGACAGUGGCCCAGAAGGUAGCGCCCGCGGCGUCCUCGACAGUGGCCCAGAAGGUAGCACCCGCGGCGUCCUCAACAGUGGCCCAGAAGGUAGCGCCUGCGGCAUCUUCGACCACGGCCCAGAAGGUAGCGCCCGCAGCAUCCUCGACCACGGCCCAGGCAUCCUCGAUCGCAGUGUCCUCAACAGUGACCCAGAAGGUAGCGCCCACGGCAUCCUCAACAGUGGCCCAGAAGGUAGCGCCCACGGCGUCCUCAACCAAGGCGUCCUCAGCCGCGGCCCCGAAGGUAGCACCCACGACGUCCUCGGCCACGGCCCCAAAGGUAGCGCCCGUGGCGUCCUCGCCCGAGGCCCCGAAGGUAGCAUCCGCUGCGUCCUCGGCCGCAGCCCCAAAGGAAGCGCCCGCGGCCCUGAAGGUGGCAUCCUCGUCCUCGGCCCCAAAGGUGGCGCCCGCGGCGUCCUCAUCCUCAGCCCCGAAGGUGGCGCCUGCGGCGUCCUCGGCCCCGAAGGUAGCGCCCGCGGCGUCCUCGGCCGUGGCCCCGAAGGUGGCGUCCUCGGCCCAGAAGGUAGCGCCCGCAGCAUCCUCGGCCGCGGCCCAGAAGGUAGCGCCCGCAGCGUCCUCUGCCCAGAAGGUAGCGCCUGAGGCGUCCGCGGCCCAGAAGGUAGCACCCGCAACGUCUUCAACCGGAGUAAGAAUAGAACCCAGAGUUGCUAAUUAUGAAUCAUCAACAACCACAAGGCACAAAUCAGCUCUGACUUCUUCUUUGCCUGGCCCUGAAACAAAGAUAAGUUACUGCUUAACCAAACCUUCAGAAUCCAAAUCUGAAAACAUCUUACCUUCUGAAAAGAGAGUCAACAUGGAAGGUGCUGCAGUGUUUGCUUCAAAAAGCGGUUCAAACACAAUUGCAGUUCCUGCCAAAGUGCCAUGCAAAUUAUUAACAAGCGAAGAUGCAAAAGAGAGGCAACCAUUUUUCAAUAGACUGUAUAAAGCUGUUGCUUGGAAGUUGGUUGCUGUUGGAGGCUUUAGCCCCAAUGUCAAUCAUGUUGAACUCUUAAACUCAUCCAUUCAGUCAGUAAAGGCAACCUUAGAUGUUGAUUUUGUUCCACUGAAAGAGCUUGCAGAUUUACCUCAGAAUAAAAGCUCUCAGGAAAGUGUGGUUUGUGAACUGAGAUGCAAAUCCGUAUAUUUGGGUACCGGCUGUGGAAAAAAUAAGGAAAAUGCCAAAGCAGUUGCUUCAAGGGAGGCACUGAAAUUAUUUCUCAAGAAGAAAGUUAUUGUGAAAUUAUGUAAAAGGAAGUACAAAGGAAGGGAAAUUGAAGAUUUGGUGCUUCUUGAUGAAGAAUCAAAACCAUUAAAUUUACCUCCAGCUUUAAGAAAUCCUCAAGAAAUACUGCAAAAUAAUGAAGCAGCCACUGUUAAUGCUAGCAAAUAAUGUUUUAUCACAAAUAAUUGAAUUGCUUUUGUAAACUUAACUUAGACUCCCUGAUAUUUUGUAUUUCUUAACUGUGCUUUGCAGAACAGAAACCAUUCUUGUUCUUUUCAUGCAGUAGGAAAUGUAAAUAAUUUGUUAUAGAUAUUAAGCGUGCAGAGGUAUGCCUUAACAUAUAUAGCACAGUAGUGUGCUGUUUUAUUUGCUAAAUAGUAUACCUAAGUCUUCUAUUUUUUAAUGAAACAAUUACGGUACAGUUUGCUGUUCAGGACAGUCUAAUUUUGUAACUCCUACAAUUUAGUAGCAGUAAUGCUCAUUUCUGAACCUGUUCUUUUUUAGCUGCAAAGGAAGAACCAUUGAACCUAGAUGAUGGAAAGUUGUAUAAAAUUUCAAUCAGAUACUGAAUCACUUGAUUCAAGUGUGUUGCUCAUAAUAUUCAUGUUCCUGUUUAAAAAAGAAAGCAAUUGAUUCAGAUUAUUUUAAUGAAGUAAUAUUUUAAAACUUAAUUAAAAUAUAUGCUGGUCUUAUUCCAAUAUCAUAUUUGCAAAUUGUCAGUAGAUAAUUACCAGGAAUACUUAAAUCACUAAAAACCUCUUUAACUAGAUUUAACUUCUUAUAUUUUGAGAGACACCACUUUUACUUUUUCAAAUAAAUACAGCUUUCUAUAUUAAGAAUAUUUUAUGUCUGCUGUAAUGUGGGGGGAGGUGUGUUCUGAGAUUUUCUUAUGUACCCUAAUACUUGGAUAUCAUUAAGCACUUUUAACCAGCAAUUAUUUUUUUAUAACUUUAAGUAAUAUUUCAUGUCACACUGGUUUUAAUUUAAAACUUCUGCAAAGCACACGAAAUGCAAGUUUUAUUAAAAUAUGUAUGAACAUAUAUCCUAAUUAGGUUCUGGAGAUAAGUAGUUGCACUAUCAUACUCAACAUGACUCACAGAUCUGAGGUGCUGUGAUUCCUGCCUACAGUUCUACACAUACAGGCACAUUUGUUCCAUUAUCUUCUGUUCUGGAAAAGUUCUGCAUUGGCAAUGGGGCAUCUCCACUGCAUUGAUGGAGCAUUUCUCCUCACAAGAGGUUACUGGAGUGUGCUGCAAUAGACAUUACAUUAAGUAAGGUCAGCAUAUAUUUAAAUUGUUUUCAGUAAUUGAUGCUGAAUAUCACUUGGUUGUGCAGUAGCUCUUGGAGAAUGGAGCAGUCUUAUUGAUGAAGACUGCAAUUCACCAAGAUGUUUGGUAGCCUCCAUUCACACAGCGGAGUUGGUUUCUCUUGUCAGCAGCCUUCAUGCUGCUUGACAACUCUGCAGUGAAAUAAAUGCUGUUGGAGACAAAGACCACUGUACAAGGUUUUUGGGGGGUGUACACUGGUUUUCUGGGUCAUUUAUAUAGUUGAGUUCUUUAACUACUUUUUUGAAAAGAUAUUAAAAUAUUAUUUUGAAUCACUCCCUUGCAAUGCCCAUGUUUUAAUCAGUUUCUGAAUCAUUCCCAAACUUGUUUUGAGAGUUAGCAAAUCUUCCAUCACUAAUUAUUUUCCCUACAUGGUGUAGUUUUGACUAGCUUUGAUGUUCUAUAUAUGUUCUAAGGCAGCAGCUAGCUGUACAGAUUCCAAUAAGGCCAAAGCUAUUGCUUUGGAAUAAAGAUGGCAUUUCAUCAUUCUACUUGGCAUCUGAAAUAAAAAUUAUAAUAGUAAAAUUAGCAUUUCCUGAAGUUGUUAAAGUAAUGCUGUUCUGAAAAAAAAAAUAUUCAGAUUUCCCUCCCCCCAUUCUAUUCAUAUGCAUUUGAGAUGGGUAUCUUGUGUAGGAAUGGUAGAUAAAGAAAAUAGUUACUUAGAGCAAUGAUGUGGUAGCUAAUUGAUUUAUAGUAUCCCAUGUAAAAAUAUAACUCAUUUAAAUAAAGGCAUUUUCAGUUGAUUCCUA